AGGGAGCAGCAGCCCAUAGACCACCUGUGUGAGCUGUUAUCGCGAUGAGAGCACUGCUGCUGAUGGGGCUGCCGCUGCUUUGCGCGCUGGCGCAGCCGUUGCUCUCCCCGAUGGUGCCUACACCGCCUCCGCCGACCACGCGGCACUUCUACAUCGCGGCCGUGGAGAUCGGCUGGGACUACGUGUUCACGGACGGCACCGAAUCCGCGUCUGAACAAAGAUUAAGGUCCAAGGAUGUUCCUCAGAAAUACAUCAAGGCUGUUUACCGGGAGUACACUGACUCGAAGUACUCCACUCCCACACCCCGUCCCGCAUGGGCAGGACUGCAGGGGCCGGUGAUCCGCGCCCAGGCUGGAGACAGGCUUGUGGUGCACUUCAAGAACCUGGCGUCCGAGUCGUUCAGCAUCAGCCCCGUGGGCAUCACCUACUGGAAGCAGUCCGAGGGGGCGGGGUAUGAGGACUCGACGGGGGGCCAGGAGAAGCAGGAUGACGCGGUGUCCCCGGGGGGCUCCUACGUGUACGUGUGGGACAUCAGCGCCAAGGACGGGCCGACCAGCAGCGACCCCGAGUGCCUGACCUACUCCUACUCCUCCCAGGUGGACACGGUGCGCGACCUCAACUCCGGGCUGGUGGGCGCCCUGCUCAUCUGCAAGUCCAGUGCGUUCGGUGAGGACGGCCUGCGGAGGAGCCCUGAGUUUGUGCUGCUGUUCGCUGUGUUCGACGAGACCAAGAGCUGGUACGGAGAGGUGGGCGAGCGGAGGACCAGGGAGAGGUACAGGAAGAGCAGCGGCCGGAAGGAGUACCACACCAUCAACGGGUACAUCAACGCCACCCUGCCCGGCCUGACAAUGUGUCUGAAUGAAAGAAGCGUGUUUUGGCACCUGAUCGGCGUGGGAACCGCUCCAGAGAUCCACUCCAUCCAGUUCCAGGACCACAGCCUCCAGGUGAUGUCCCAAAGGAAGCUGUACAUGGAGAUGACCCCCAUGACCUUCACCACGGCCGAGAUGAGGCCCGCCUCCAAAGGCCGCUUUCUUAUCAGCUGCCGGAUACACGCCCACAAAGACGCCGGCAUGAAUGCUGUGUUCAGCGUGGAGGACUGUCCCGCAGCCCGGGGGCCCACCCUGUAUCACGUCAAACACCAGAACUACGACGACUACAGCGACUACGACAACGCCAUGUUCAACUCCGUGGACUUCCAGGCACAGAAGCCCGGCCCCCAGAUCCGGGCCAGCAGGGGGCGCCGCUCCAGCAUCCGGAUGCAUUUCAUCGCCGCCGAAGAGGUCACCUGGAACUACGCCUCGCACCUGAAGCCCACCGACAGGGAGCUGCAGUCCGAGUACUUCCGCGUCUCCCCGGAGCAGCUGGGCUUCCAGUACAAGAAGGCGGUGUUUCUUGAGUACACGGACGCAACGUUCACAGCGAAGAAGACCUCGGACGGGACGCUGCAAGGGCCGCUUCUGAAGGGAGAGGUCAACGACCAGGUCCACAUCAUCUUCAAGAACAUGGCGAGUCGGCCGUACAACAUCUACCCAACGGGCCUGAUCAGCGUCCAGCCACUGGACAGGACUCAGAACAAGGAGGCGCAGGACCUGCGCUCCAUGGGGGUCCCCCCCAACACCACCUUCAGCUACGUGUGGAAGCUGGGCCCGGACAGCGGCCCCCUGGAGGGGGACCCCCAGUGCCUGACCCAGCUGUAUCAGAGCACCGUGCACCCUGAGAGGGACCUGGCCUCGGGGCUGGUGGGCACCUUGCUCAUCUGCAAGUACGAGGCCAUCGACCACGUGGGACGCCUGGUGGGUCCGGACCAAGAGAUGAGCAUGAUGUUUGCCGUGUUUGAUGAGAACAGAAGCUGGUACAUCGACCAGAACAUCCACACGUACAGCUCCGACCCCUCCAAGGUGGAUCCCAGCGACCCUGAUUUCCUCAGUUCCAACAUCAUUUACAGCGUGAACGGGGGGAUGUUCCGCGGGCGGGAGUUUGCGACCUGCCAGAGCGACGUCACCUUCUGGCACGUGGUCAACGUGGGGACGCAGAGCGACUUCCUCUCCGUCUACUUCAGGGGGAACCCCAUCAAGCGUCAGGACGCCAACCAAUGGGUCCUCACCCUGUUCCCCAUGACCGGCGAGACCAUCCCCAUGGAGGCCGAGCUCAUAGGUGAGUGGGAGAUCAGCGCCUUUGACGGCAACCUGAAGAGCCGUGGGAUGAGCGUGCGCUACACGGUGACGCCCUGCGAUGACAACCCGCUGGUGGACAGGGAGGACAGCCUGCUCAAGGACUACGUCGACAACAUGAUGUCCAUGGGGCCCCGGGCCAUGGGGCCCCGGGCCAUGCGGCCCCACAACCGCACGGGGGCCGGGCGCCGCGGCAACAGCCUCCGCAACAUCCAGGACCCCUCGACGCCCGACGCCAACGCCACCCGGUUGACGGAGCACGCCGACCGCAACGACACCAACGAGAUCACGCCGGGGUACAGCACCGCACAGAACGCCACCGGGACGCCGUCGGAGAACGCCACCGAGACACCGCCAGAGGGCGAUGCCGACAACGGCAUCCCACAGGCGGUCCUGGAGGCGCUGGAGAGAGAGGAGGAGAGGUUGGCCGCUCUGGACCCGGAGGGCCGUGCCCCCCGGGGCCGAGGGAGGAAGAGGAGGCUGGCGGUGGACGGCGAUGAGGUCAUGAGGGAGGAGAGGGAGGGGGGGUCUGCGGACGGCGAGGCCGGGGGGGGCGUGAGACAGACCAGAGGCAUGUCGGGGAGGGAGGGGUCCGAGGCCGGGGGGGGCGCGGAGGAACGGGGGGAAGCGACGCCGGGAAAGAACGAGACGCGCGAGGAGACCAACCACAUCCUGGAGGACUCCAGCCUUCUCACGAGGCUGAAGAACGCGGCCCAGAAGCAGGUGGUCCCCCGCCAGCUGGAGCUGGACCUGGAGGAGGUGAGCCGCGUGGACCCCCAGCCCGGGGAGGCCGUGGACCCAGUGGAGCUGAGGGGCCUCAACCACACCGACAACAGGACCGCCCCGCUCUCCCUCUCCAUGGAGUACGAGGACUACAGCUCGGGGGAGAAUGACACAUUCAGUGAGUACGGUACGAUGGACCACGUAGACCCACGCUCCGGCACUGGAGACAACAAAUACCGCAACUAUUACAUCGCUGCCGAGGAAGUGACCUGGGACUACGGGAUCAGAAUCCCCCCCCAGCUAAUCAGACCCAGAGAGAUGCGUCGAGGGAUGAGGAAGUUCCUGCCUGAGUAUAAGAAGGUGGUGUUCCGGGCAUACACCAACGGGGAUUUCAAGCAUCCGGUGGUCAUCGGAGAACUCCAGGAACACCUGGGCAUCAUGGGCCCCUUCAUCAGAGCCGAGGUCCACGAACAGCUCACUGUGACAUUUAGGAACAAGGCCUCCAGGCCUUACUCCUUCCACCUCCAGGGAGUGUACGACAAGAGCCAGGGGGGGGGCAUGGCCCAGACCCAGACCGACCCAACUGGGGUCCCGGGAGAGGCUGUUCCCCCCGGGGAGUCCCGCGUUUACACGUGGAAAAUAACCAAGAAACAAGGCCCCUACGAGACCGAGUUCGCCUGCAAGGCCGGAGCCUACUACUCCACUGUCAACAAGGAGAAGGACCUCCACUCGGGCCUCAUCGGGCCCCUGGUGAUCUGCCGGCCCAACACCCUGGACCCCAAAUUGGGGCUGCAGGCGGACCUCCAGGAGUACGCACUGCUCUUCCACAGCUUCGACGAGACCAAGAGCUGGUACCUGGAGGAGAACCUGCGGCGGCACUGCACCCCGCCCUGCCGGGCCGUCCCGACGGACCCCUGGUUCCAGACCAGCAACACGUUCGCAGCGAUCAACGGCUACGUGGCGGAGACCCUCCCCGGGCUGCUGGUGGCGCAGCACCAGAGGGUCCGCUGGCACCUGCUCAACGUGGGCGGCGAUGGCGAGUACCACGCCGUGCACUUCCACGGCCUGGCCUUUAACACCAACACGGAGCGGCAGCACCGCGCGGGCGUCUUCAACCUCUACCCCGGUGUGUUUGGCACGGUGGAGAUGCGGCCUCCCAUGGUGGGCACCUGGCUGGUGGAAUGCACCGUGGGGGAUUACCAGUUGGCCGGCAUGAGGGCGAAGAUGCUCGUCUAUGACCCCCUAUGUGUGCUGCCUCUGGGGAUGAAAUCGGGAAGGAUCGAAGAUUUUCAGAUCACGGAUUCUGAUCACAUUGGUUACUGGGGGCCCAACCUGGCGAGGCUGGACAUGGCGGGUUCCACCAACGCCUGGAUGGGCAAUAACAUUGGGUCAUGGUUACAGGUGGAUAUGGGACGUCCCACGCUGGUGCACGGCCUGCAAACCCAGGGGGCGAGUGCCGGGCUGAGGGACUACUUCGUCAGCCUGUACGAGCUCUCCUACAGCCUGGACCAGCUAACCUGGCACACCUACCGGGGGAACCAGACCCUGCAGAGAUACGUAUUUAAGGGAAACAUGGACAGCUCUAGUGUGAAGGACCACCGGCUCUCCCCGCCCAUCGUAGCACGCUACGUCCGCAUCCAGCCCCUUGUGGUGGUCAAGAAACCCGCCCUGCGGCUUGAGCUGCUGGGCUGCGACCUCAACAGUUGCUCCAUGCCCCUGGGUCUGCAGCGGCGGAAAAUUCCCGACGGCAGCUUCAGCGCCUCUUCAGUCCGGUCGUCAUGGCGACAUACCUGGAGCGCCAAACUGGCCCGCCUGCACCAGGGGGGCAGCGCCAACGCCUGGCGCCCCAAGAACAACAACCCCCACGAGUGGCUGCAGGUGGACCUGCAGCGGGUGCAGCGCGUCACCGGGCUGGUCACCCAGGGGGCGCGCGCCCUGCUCACCCACAUGAUGGUCACCGAGUUCAGCGUCGCCCUGAGCAACGACGGGCGCACCUGGAGCACCGUGCUGGAGGAGGAGACGGCCGAGGAGAAGAUCUUCUCGGGGAACAGCGACCCGGACGAAGAGUCCUUGGCACUAUUCGAGCCACCGGUGUUCGCCCGCUACCUGAGGGUCCAGCCCCGCGGCUGGAUCAACGACAUCGCCCUGCGGCUAGAGGUGUUGGGCUGCGACACGCAGCAGCGCACCUGAGGGUUCGACCCAACAGGAUUGAGUUCAACCACUGCCCCAGACCACCGGCGGGGGCAGUGGGGGCCCUGUCUGGGGCCCUGCUGGAACUGCUGCCCCCGCGACCCGACCCCGGAUAAGCGCUUUGACGAUGAAGAUAAGGUUGAGGCACUGUCAAACGUCUGGAUGUCUAUCACUGUCUAAUGAAGCGAGAUGUCGAAUGAACUCCCUCGUCGGAAUGACAACACUCACAGUGAACUACCACGUUGAUUUCAUGUGUAAAUGAUAUAAGUGGACUUUAUUUGCAGACAGAGAACUUAAGGAUAUUUUUAUUUAACUUUUCGUUUUGGAUGUAUUUAAAAUGUGUAUUUUGUAUAUUUGCUAAGACACAAGGAAUGUAUUAUGUAUUUUGAGCUAGCUAUGAAUGAAUUGCAGAGGGACGGAUGAAGCCUGGACUAUUAAGAGUGUCGCUCUUCACCAGCUAUCAAGGGCAAUAUAUAUUUUUUAUUAUUAUAUAUGAUUAUUAUAUUUUCAAACACCUGCAGCUAUUUGAAUGUACUCAUGUGUAAGGCUUUCAAGGCCAUCACAGUUUCAAUAAUGUAUGGAUAGUUAUUCCUCUUUGGUUGUUUUUAUGAUGUUUGAAUAAAAAGUUGAUACAUUUUUGCCCAUUGUUUUGCAAAAGUUUGUUC